CCUGAUUCGCCGGCGCUGCAUCUCAGCUCUGUUGCCUAGAACGCACAUUCAUAGCAGAGACAAGCCCCUCAGGCAGCGACUUAGAACAAGACGAAACGAGAGGGACUUGCUACAUUGACGUCAAAACAAAAGGACCCCAAAUGUGAGGCAUAUUCGGUGGAUAGCGACCCCAAAAAGGCAGGGCUGAAAGAGGGACGUAUAUGUAACGGGUCCGACCCGAACGUGGUCAGGCAGAUUCUCUGUACAGCCACAGUCUACAAUUAAGUCGCCUGCAACCUUUCCAACCCUAGGUCCGCUGUUACUCUGCCUGUCUCUUUAACUUCGUGUCCCUUGGUGCUGCCAGUUGCACUCGUCUUCUUCCAAUGUGCAUCCCACGUCCACGCAGGCACACAACACAAUCCUCCUCACCCAUCAUAAAACUCCCCUACCAGCGUCUCGACUCUCCUCCCCCAACGCCCCGUAUGGUCCCCAAGCCCACCGCCGUCGGAACCGUCGCCGCCAUGCCCACAUCGCCGGCCCGGACACCGGCCUCCGUCCCGCCAGCCUCCUCCCGCGUAUCCUCCCAACACGAGCGCCUCCUCCUCGAGCUCCUCCCCUUCAAAGACACCACCAAGUUCCACGACUGGCUCGACAGCAACUAUGUCCGCGGGCCCUGGAACGAGUUCAACGCAGACUUCCUCUCCCGCGCCAUCGCCGACGCCGCAGCCGCGGGCGUAGUGGGCCCCACCGGCCUACCGGCCGGUCCCAGCGCCGUGCCGGAACCGGAAAAAGUCCGCACGGCCCAGGCGGCGCGGGAGGCGCUCAACGGCCGCAAGGCCAAGUUCGUCGUCUACCGCCCGGACAAGAGCACGUGGACGGCCGAGGACCACCACGUGCGCUUCAUCGUCACGCUCGUCGCGGACAAUAUGCUGCAGAACCUGUGGUACGAGUCCGAGUGGAAGAAGAAGGGGCUCGAGAUUGCCAAGGCGGCGUAUGAGGUGCUCAUCUUCCUCAAGGCAACCAUGGUGUACGCGGAUCCGAAUCCGCCGAGUUACUCGGCAUGA